AUGGCUAGCACGUUUCCAUUUGCCUAUGGAUAUGGCGUGAAAGUUGGUGCUCUGAGCUCCUCGAAUUUGUACUUCGAUUGGUGUAAUCUGUACAAAAGCCUGACUUCCCAUCUUUUGCCUCCAGCGGAAUGCCAUACAAAACUCCUCAAAGCACUCAGGAUAAUUGAUGAAUCCAGAAAGCGAUCUAUGGCACGGAAUGUUGGCGUUCGGUUUCAGAAAAAGUGGGUUCAGAGGGAACAGGUGGAAGAAUCUCCAGAUCUCCGCCAAGGUUGGAUUCGGAAGACGGGUGUGGAAGCCCCGGAGGCCUUUACCAAAAAUGACCAAAAUACGCUGGAGCUUGAGACUCUCAAGGAAUUAGGACUUAUUCAAGCUAUGAGGAAAACAGUCAAGGCUACUUCUUGA